UUUGUCGAGUCAAUGAAAUAACUACCAUUUUCGAAGCAAAGCGCUGGAACUGAAAAAUAGAUAAUAUUUUGAAUAUGUAGAAGAUUGUUAACAAUGUGUGAUUGGAAGUCAAACACGUCAGGAGCCGAGUUUUCCGGUGGGGUUCUGCGGAUUUAGGCAGGCAGCUUUUUGAAGAUUUACAGUGGGGUACAGUAUCCAACCUCAACACAGUACAUAACUGUACAUUUUUUUUUAAACGCAAGCACUUGCUUUGAAUUGUUGGAGACCGCAAUUUGGUAAGCAGCCUGAAAUGGAUUGUUACACAGUCUUGAAAGUUAUCGGAGAAGGGUCCUAUGGACAAGCUCUGUUGGUGCAACCCAGGAAGGAAAGUGAAAAAUAUGUCUUGAAAGAAAUUAGGCUGCCAAAGACUCAAUCAGGAAUACAGAGCUCCAGGAAUGAAGCAAUACUUUUGGCUAAAAUGAAACAUCCUAAUAUUGUUAUCUUCAGAGAAUCAUUUGAAGCUGAAGGCCACCUUUACAUUGUUAUGGAGUUUUGUGCUGGCGGAGAUCUAAUGCAAAAGCUUAAAUGGCAGAAAGGAUCGCUAUUCCCUGAAGAUAUGAUACUAAACUGGUUUACCCAGAUCUGCCUUGGUACAAAGUACAUACAUGAGCAGCGGGUGUUGCACAGAGAUCUCAAAUCCAAGAAUAUUUUUCUCACAGAUAAAGGAACAAUCAAACUAGGAGAUUUUGGAUCUGCCUGCAUUCUGAACAGUCCCGAGGCCUACGCUUGCACUUACGUUGGAACUCCUUAUUACGUUUCUCCAGAAAUUUGGGACAGCAAGCCGUACAACAAUAAAAGUGAUGUUUGGUCUCUUGGCUGCGUCCUGUAUGAGCUCUGCACCCUGAAGCAUCCUUUCCAGGCCAACAGCUGGAAGAAUCUGAUCCUGAAGAUCUGCAGGGGGUCAUACCCACCACUCCCUCCUCACUACUCCUAUGAGCUCCAUUACUUGAUAAAGCAAAUGUUUAAAAUAAACCCAAAGGACCGGCCUUCUAUCAGCAAUAUUCUCACCAGGCACCGUGUGUCCAAACUCAUUAAAAAGUAUUUACCCCUUGAGGUAUUUAACGCAGUGGGUAGUGAAAAACCUGAAAGGAAACCUAAAAAUCCCAACGGAAAACUUAAAGCAACAAAAGGUUCCCCAAGUGACCCUGCACAUGACACGAACACCCCCAUAAAGGUACUAAAUAACAAUUGCAUCAAUGUUCCAGUAUUUCACAACGAAGAGCAGGUGAGCAAGUGGAAAAAAGGUGAAGGUGAAAAGGUCGCCAGGAUUUUGAGUGAGAAAACCCUUGAAGAAACCACUUCCGAAAUGGAAGUGACCCCAGCUGGACCUCAUGUAAUAUUCCCUGAUGCUUCAAAAGGCCUCCCCAGAAAGCAGUGGGGUGAAGGGCCCUCAAAUACUGUUCUGCACACCCUGGAGAAUGCAGCACUCAUUUCAUCUGGAACACUGGAGCCUGCAGACAAUGCUGGUGGCGACGUGGUUUAUUGCAUCGGUAACAGUCCUAGGAAACAGUGGGUCAAGGAAUCGCCAGAAAAACUCCUGAAUAUACUACAGAAUGCGAACCUGAGUCUUGCCUUUAAAACGUAUACCAUACAUAAACCAGAUUCACAUGAGUUGCUCCAUGGCCCCUUGUCACAUGUGGGAGCAGAUGACAUUGAUGGUGACAUGGAAGAAACUGUAGAUUCAGCCAGACUAGAGCCACGUUCUGAUGACGAGGACACGGACUUUGAAGAAGAAUCAGUUUUCGAUUGGGUAGCAGAACUUGAGAAGAUGGUGGACAAAAGCCAGCACAAUAAUUGAACUACUGACCUAAUAUUAAUGAGGCUAUUCUACUCUAUAUAAUUGUACAAUCAGUGUUUUAGUUGCAUAUUGAAAGCUUAUUUGUUUUGUUACAUAAUUUGUUUUAUAAACGACAGAUAUUUAUUCAAUUGUAUUUUUGUAAAUACUAUAUGAUAGUGUUUUUACAAAGGUAUUCAAAUAGCUAUGACCAUGUAAAGUUAUGUUGUGAGCAAAAUUGUUUUUUACAAUUAGUCUUUGUAUGACUUUGAAUAAACUGUCUUUUCCAAACACACAAUAAUUAAUUAAUGAGAAUGUUGUAGAAAUAACUAUGGUUGUCACGAGAAUAAUUGUGUCUUGGGUAUGCCUUUUAAGAUUUGUAUGAAACGGAUUUGCACAGUAGAAUCAUCACGUGAUCAUCAAAGCAAACGAUGAGUCUUAUGUGACACGUCCUAAAAGACUGAAGGCCCGAUUCAAUAAACUCUGAGCUGAGAAAAGGCAUAUGCUUGUUAUAUAUUACAUAACAUUGAGCUACUGCUUACUAUGAACAAGUCUAGGUUUCAGAAC